CCAAGAUGGCGGCUCUGGCCUACACCCUGGGCAAGCGGGAGAUCAACCACUACUUCAGCGUGAGGAGCGCCAAGGUGCUGGCGCUGGCGGCCGUGCUGCUGCUCGCGGGGUGCCACCUCGCCUCCCGCCGCUACCGAGAAGGAGGAGUGAUAAACGGAUACAAAGGCUGUUUGUGACUGAGAUGAUGUUCCCACAAAGAAAACCUGAAGCAGAGGGAACUGCCAAAGCAGUGAAUGUAGCAUUUAGGAGUUAAGGAGUCUCAAUGUGUAUUAUAUUUCUUGUGUUUCAUAGGUAAUGACUCAUGUGAGUACCUUCUUUCAAGUGGCAGAUUUCUUGGAGAGAAAGUUUGGCAACCUCACAGUUGUAUGAUGCAUAAAUACAAAAACAAUGAAGCAAAGAACUGCCUUGUAGAUAAACAUAUUGCAUUUAUUGGAGAUUCCAGAAUACGCCAAUUGUUUUAUUCAUUUGUAAAAAUAAUUAAUCCUCAUUUCAAAGAAGAAGGCAAUAAGCAUGAAAACAUUCCUUUUGAAGACAAGAUUGCAUCAGUUAAAGUGGAUUUUCUGUGGCAUCCGGAAGUUAAUGGUUCUAUGAAGCAGUGUAUCAAAGUGUGGACUGAGGAUCCUGUUGCAAAGCCCCAUGUGAUUGUAGCAGGAGCUGCCACAUGGUCUAUCAAGAUUCACAACGGCAGCAACGAAGCACUGUCUCAAUAUAAAAUGAACAUUACCUCCAUAGCACCACUUCUAGAAAAAUUGGCAAAGACUAGUGAUGUUUAUUGGGUCUUACAAGAUCCUGUUUAUGAAGAUCUAUUAAGUGAAAAUAGGAAAAUGAUCACUAACGAGAAGAUAGAUGCUUACAAUGAAGCUGCAGUCAGUGUUUUGAAUAGUAGCACCAGAAAUUCUAAAUCACAUGUUAAGAUGUUCAGUGUUUCCAAAUUAAUUGCUCAAGAAACUAUCAUGGAAUCUUUGGAUGGCUUACAUCUUCCAGAAUCAAGCAGAGAAACUAGUGCAAUGAUUCUUAUGAACGUGUAUUGCAAUAAGAUACUGAAGCCUGUAGAUGGUUCCUGUUGUCAGCCUCGGCCUCCUCUGACUCUCAUGCAGAAGCUAGCUGCUUGUUUUUUCACUUUAUCUAUUGUUGGAUAUUUAGUUUUUUAUAUAAUUCAUCGUAAUGCUCAUCGGAAGAAUAAGCCAUGUACUGAUUUGGAAAGUGGAGAGGAAAAGAAAAAUAUUAUCAAUACCCCCAUGUCUCCAUUAGAAAUACUUUUACAAUCUUUGUGCAAACUUGGCCUGAUUAUGGCUUAUUUCUAUAUGUGUGACCGUGCAGAUCUAUUUAUGAAGGAAAACAAAUUUUAUACACAUUCAACUUUUUUUAUUCCAAUUAUCUAUAUCUUGGUUUUGGGAGUAUUUUACAAUGAAAAUACUAAAGAGACUAAAGUAUUAAAUAGAGAACAAACAGAUGAAUGGAAAGGCUGGAUGCAACUUGUGAUUUUGAUUUAUCAUAUCUCUGGAGCAAGUACUUUUUUGCCUGUGUACAUGCACGUUCGGGUUCUGGUUGCCGCAUAUCUAUUUCAGACGGGCUACGGGCAUUUCUCAUAUUUUUGGAUCAAGGGAGACUUUGGAGUCCAUAGAGUAUGUCAGGUCUUAUUUCGUCUCAAUUUCCUGGUAGUGGUGUUAUGUAUAGUAAUGGAUCGGCCUUAUCAAUUCUAUUACUUUGUCCCCUUGGUCACAGUAUGGUUCAUGGUCAUAUAUGUUACUUUGGCACUGUGGCCUCAAAUAAUCCAAAAAAAAGCAAACGGAAGUUGUUUCUGGCAUUUUGGUUUACUGUUGAAACUAGCCUUCUUGCUGUUAUGUAUAUGUUUUUUGGCAUAUUCUCAGGGUGCAUUUGAGAAGAUCUUUUCUCUUUGGCCAUUGUCUAAGUGUUUUGAACUAAAAGGAAAUGUAUAUGAAUGGUGGUUCAGAUGGAGAUUAGACCGUUACGUAGUCUUUCAUGGAAUGUUGUUUGCUUUCACUUAUCUGACUUUACAGAAGCGUCAAAUACUUUCUGAAGGAAAGGGUGAACCUCUUUUUUCAAACAAAAUUUCAAAUGUUCUAUUGUUUAUUUCAGUAGUUUCUUUCUUGACCUAUUCCAUCUGGGCUAGCAGUUGUAAGAACAAAGCCGAGUGCAAUGAGCUCCACCCAUCUGUUUCUGUGGUACAGAUUUUAGCCUUUAUUCUAAUAAGGAAUAUUCCUGGAUAUGCCCGUUCUGUUUACAGUUCAUUUUUUGCUUGGUUUGGAAAAAUUUCAUUAGAGCUAUUUACUUGCCAAUAUCACAUAUGGCUGGCAGCAGACACGAGGGGCAUCUUAGUACUCAUACCUGGAAACCCCAUGCUCAACAUCAUCGUCAGCACUUUCAUAUUCGUUUGUGUGGCGCAUGAAAUUUCUCAGAUCACUAAUGAUCUUGCACAGAUCAUUAUUCCUAAAGAUAACUCAUCUCUAUUGAAGAGGUUGGCAUGUACAGCUGCAUUUUUUUGUGGACUCCUCAUCUUAUCAUCCAUUCAAGAUAAAUCAAGAUAUUAAGUUGCUAAAAUUUUAAAAUACUCAAACUCUUCAAGCUAACUGUUGCCUGCUUAGAGGAGAAAAUCAUUCAUCUUGAGAUAUAAUUGUAUAGGUAAAUGAAAAUGUGUGCAGUAAGAGGACAGCUCAGUGAUGUCUGUUGAAUGUGUAUGGUUGAAUAUAUAGAAAAUGUACAUAUUCAAUGUGAAAUACUGAGAAAAAAAAAUUGAUGAAGCAGAAUGCAUUGUAGAAGAUUGCAUGUGAAAAGUUUUUUCUACUGGAUCUAUAUUUCCAUUUAUAAGUGAUUUUAAGUUAACAUGUGAAGGCAGGGAAAUAAUUGCCUUUCCAGUAAAAAAAAAAAAAAAAAAUAGAGAUAAUUAGUUUAGUGUCACACUGUUUUGAUAUUUACUAAAUUUGUGAUAAGAUUGUCUACACUGAUAUUCAUCGUGGUAAUUCCUACUUCAUUGAAAACUUUCUCAAGAAUGACUACAGUGUUGUUUUCUUGCCAUAUUGCAAUGAAGUGGAGUGAUGAAUAGUAAGCCGUUAAUUUAUAUGUUCUUGUUCUGUUGCUGUUUCCUGACAUGGUUUUUUUCUAACUGUGGUUCUCAGAUAUACAAGCCUAAAUAUUUGUACACUUGGUCUCACAGUUAUUCUAGGCUCCAUUAAAGGGUUUUGUCAUUGUUGAUGCUAUUACUUCUUUUUAUAAAAAGGCCAAAUUUUCUUUCCAACUCAAACAUUCACCUGUUUCUUUUCUUUAAGCUAUAUCAGUGUAAUACUAGUUACCCUGUGGAUCCAUUUAAUAUGUUUUCCCCUAAUUUUGUAUAUUAUUUCCAAUGUUUGGAAAGUUCUUUAUAAUCUUUUUUUUUUCUUAUUACUCCCUCCUAUUUUUAAAAAAUAUUUAUCAAUCUAAACUUGUGCAGUCUAGUAAAGAUUCAAGUUGUUACGAUUGAGAUAAUGACCUUCAGUAGAAUUUUAAGUAAACCAGUGACUUUGGACAAUAUAUGUUUUGGUUUGGGUUAGCUUGGUUUGGUGUUGUUACAGCUGUUUGAGGUAUGAGUUUAUUUAUCUGUUGUACAGAUUUUAUUCCGACUUUUAAUGUUUGAAAGGUUGCACUUGUUUGCUCUUAUCAUGUGUGGGGUAAAACAUAUUUUCUGUUCAUUGUAUAUGAAAUAUGGAGUAAUUUAAACAGUAAAUAAACGUUCUGUGGAUGCUUA